UUUGUAAUAUAAUAAUAAAAAUUAUUAAUAAUAUACAGAUUGUUCACGUAGAUGAUGCUCCGGGCCGGGGUAAGACCUUUGCCUCUCGGUUAAUUUUACAAUUUUUAAUAAUUUAAAUAAUAAAAAAAAUAUUCAAGUGUCAAAAAUAAAAAAAAUAAUAAUUGUUAUUAUUAAUUCUAAAUAUUGUGUGUGAAUAAUAUUAUUGAAUUGGAAAAAUAUAAAAUGUUUCAUCGACAAUGUGGAGAUGGAAUAAAUUUAAUAAACAACAAUUGUACAGCAGUAAGAAAUUGCACAGAUUCAGAAAAAAAACAUGUUAUGAGUUUGGAGCCACUCAAAGAUGAUCAACUUUUUGAGAUAAGAAUUGACAGAAAGUUUACAUCAUGGAGUGAUUUUAUAGAAAUUGGAAUAACAACAAAUGAUCCAGAUACAGGAAGAGAAAGUCCUGGACAAACAUGGAUGUUAACAAGUACUGGAAUCCUCAAAAAUGGUCAACCAAUAACAGAAAUAAAUUACACAACAAAUUUAGAUAAUUUAGAGGAAGGUAACACUGUUGGUGUUAUGAAAACAAUAAAUAAUGAACUUGUUUUUUAUAUUAAUGGCUUAUCACAAGGUGUAGCCGCAACAAACAUUCCAACUAAAGUUUUUGCUUUGAUUGAAUUAUAUUACGAGUGUAUACAGAUAACAAUAAUAAAUCCAACAAGAUCAUCAUCUGCAUUAUCAUCAUCUUCAUCAUCAUCAUCGUCAUCGUCAUUAUCACCAAAAAUAACAACACCAGAAAUAAAUAAUGAUCAUCCACUUGGUGAAUCAUCAUCAUCAACAACAGCAGCAACAAAUAUGAUUGCAAAUUUAAAUGUAAAUUUAAAUGUAAAUAUGAAUGUAUCAUUACCAAAAAAUCCAACAGCACAAGCAAUACGUGAAGAUCGUUUACGUUUUCAUGAGCAUGUUGGUGCACUUGUAAAAUUAUCAAAUAAUGCUAGAACAGCUGAACGUCGUCGUCCACUUGAUGAAUUUAAUAAUGGUAUUGUCAUGACACAUCGUCAAUUACGUGAUAAUGAAUUAUUUGAAAUACGUAUUGAUCGUCUUGUUGAUAAAUGGUCAGGUAGUAUUGAAGUUGGUGUAACAAGUCAUAGUCCAACAGCACUUGAAUUUCCAGCAACAAUGACAAAUAUGAGAUCAGGUACAACAAUGAUGUCAGGAUGUGGUAUUCUAACAAAUGGUAAAGGUAUACAACGUGAAUAUGGUGAAAUAAAUCUUGAUGAAUUAAGAGAAGGUGAUAGAGUUGGUAUGAUUAGACAUAGUAAUGGUAAUUUACAUUAUUUAAUAAAUGGUCUUGAUCAAGGAAUUGCUGCAAAAAUAACACAAGGUGUAUGGGGUGUUGUUGAAUUAUAUGGUAUGACUGUUAAAGUAACAAUUGUUGAUCGUGAUGAAAGAGAAGAACAAAAUUUAAUAACAAGAAGAAAUACAUUACAUUUACAAGGUUUAAAUGAUAAUGGUGAUGAUGAACCACUUGAUAGAUUAACAUUUCAUCCAUGUUGUGGUACACAUGCUGAUGUUAUUAAUAAUGGUAGAACAGCACAUCGUCCAAAUGCAAUGGAUGAUUUUAAUAAUGGUGUUGUAUUAACAAUGCGUCCAUUACGUUGUAAUGAAUUAUUUGAAGUUAAAUUAGAUAAAAUUGUAACAAAAUGGGCUGGUUCAAUUGAAAUUGGUGUUACAACACAUUCACCAACUGAACUAGAAUUUCCAUUUACAAUGACAAAUGUUAGAUCUGGUACAUGGAUUAUGACUGGUAAUGGUGUUAUGCAUAAUGGUAAUUCAAUUAUUGAACAAUAUGGACAAAAUUUAGAUCGUUUACAAGUUGGUGAUCGUGUUGGUGUUAUGAGAAAAGAUAAUGGUACAAUACAUUUUUUUGUAAAUGGUAUUGAUCAAGGUGCUGCUGCUGUUAAUGUACCAGAAAGAAUAUAUGGUGUUAUUGAUCUUUAUGGACAAGCAACACAAGCAACAAUUAUUGAUUAUUCUGAUUAUUAUAGUCCAACAACAAAUAAUUCAUCAUUUAGUAAUACAACAUUAUACAGUGAUUUAAGAUUUCAUCAUGUACAUGGUAAACAUGCUAGAAUAUCAAAUAAUGGAUUAACAGCAUCAAGAAUACGUGCACUUGGUGAAUUUAAUGAAGCAAUUGUUAUUGCAAAUAGACCAUUAAGAGAUGGUGAAUUAUUUCAAGUAUCAAUUGAUAAAAUGGUUGGUAGAUGGUCUGGUGCGAUUGAAGCUGGUGUCACAGCAAUAAGACCAGAUGAGCUAGAAUUUCCAUCAACAAUGACUGAUAUUGAUCAUGAUACAUGGAUGCUAUCUGGUUCAACUGUUAUGCGUGAUGGUGUUACAUUGAGACAUCAUUAUUCUUGUGAUUUAGAUAAAUUAACAGAAGGCAAUAGAAUUGGUAUGAUGAGAUGUUCUGAUUCAACAUUACAUUAUUAUCUUGAUGGAGUUGAUCAAGGUAUUGCUUGUACUGGUCUUCCAGCUUAUGUUUAUCCUGUAAUUGAUUUAUAUGCACAAUGCGCACAAGUUACUAUUGUACAACCAGAAAGACGUGAUACAAUGACACAACAAUAUCUUGCAUCUGAAAAUAGUUUAAGUCAACAGCCAACAUCAGUUAUACAGCCACAAAUACAAAAUGAAAUAACACAUAAAUUUCAUGAAUCAGUUGGUCUUAAUAUACAAUUAAAUAGUGAUCGUAUUAUUGCAGCAAGAUGUCGUGAAUAUAAUCAUGCUGUAUUAUUAAGUGAAUCACCACUAGAAACAAAUGAAUUAUUCGAAAUAUCAAUACAAGAAAUUGCAACAGAAUGGUGUGGUUCAUUACAAAUUGGUGUUAUUAGUAAUGAAAUUGGUACAUGGUUAACAUCAAUGGAUCUUGUACCAAGUAUGACAUCAAUACCAAUUGAUGCAUGGUAUUUAAGUGGUAAUGAAAUACGUCAUAAAAAUUAUGUAUUAACACCAAAUUAUUGUCCAAGUCUUGAUUGGCUGAGAGUCAAUGAUAAAAUAUCACUUAAACGUAGCCAUGAAGGACAUUUAAAAUAUUAUAUUAAUGGCGAAGAUAUGGGUAUUGCAGCAACAAAUAUACCAGAAUUAAUAUUUGUUAUUGUUGAAUUAUUUGGUACAACUGUUGCUGUUAAAAUAACAAGUACAAAACAACAAAAUUUAUUAAUGUCAUUAAAUGCUAGUUUACGUUUACAAGAUUCACUUGAACUUGUACUUGAUUCUGUACCAUUAACAUUACGUAAUGAUGCUGGUAUGGAUGAUACAUCUGUUGAAUUAUCUGAAUUAAAAUUACAAGAAAAUUCAAUAACACCAUGUCAAAUAUCAAUAUCAAAUAUAACUGAUAUAACAAAUACAGAUAUUAAUUAUGAAUUUCAUGAAAAUCAUGGAAGAAAUAUUGAGCUAGAAGGAUUAAAAAUUGCUAAAAGAGUUUCAUCAUAUAAUCAGGGUGUUGUUAUGACAAAUAAACCACUUGUUAAAGGUAAAAUAUUUAAAAUUAAAAUUGAUAAAUUAAAUGAAAGAUGGGUAUCUGGUAUAUUGUGUGGUGUAACAUGUAUAUCACCAGAUAAAGCAACAUUUCCAUUAACAGCAUUGGGUUUUAAAAAAAAUUCAUGGAUCAUAUGUAGUGAUUGGAUGUCACACAAUGGUGUUAAAAUUAAAACAAGAUACGGUGAAAAUUUAGAUAAUAUUAAAAUUGAAUCAACAAUUGGUCUGUUAAUUGAUGAAGAAUCAAAACUACAUUUAAUUAUAAAUGACAUUGAUCAAGGAGUUGCUGUAUCUGAUUUACCACAAUUUGUUUAUGGUGUUAUUGAUUUAUAUGGUCAAGUUGAAAAAAUAUCAAUUAUUGGAACACCAAAUGAUCACACAACAAUUCGUAAUAAUGAUGCUAUUAAUCAUGCAAUUGCUAAUGAUAAUAAUACAAUUACCUUUGUUGAUGAUCCAGAUAAUUCACGUGAAAAAGCUGAUCUUGAAUGUUAUGAAAAAGAAAAUAUUAAUGGUAAUCCGUCCAAUGAACAAAUUAAAAUUAAUAAUGACGAUAAUGUACCAACAAAUUCAUUUAUACCAAUUGAUUCAACAAGUAAUCCUCCAAUAGCAACAACAACAACAACAAAUAAUAUAUUAAAUAAUUUUGGUAAAACAACAAGUUGUCAAUCAAUUGAUAAUAAUUCAGAUGAUGAAUCUGAUAUUGAGAAUGAUUUACAAAAUACAGAAAUUAAAAAACAAAAAAAAUGUAAAAGUAUUGAUUUAAAUUUUAAUAAUAAUAAUACAAUUUCAAAUGAUAAUGGUGAAAAUAUUAAUAAUAUUGAUGAUGAUAAUGAUGAUGACGACGACGACGAUGAUGAUGAUGAUGAUGACGAUGAUGAUAAUAAUAAUGUUAAUAGUAAUAAUAAUAAUACUAAUGAUAGUAAUAAUAUUGAUGAUGAUAAUAAUACUAGUAAUGAAAUAAUUGGCCUGAACAAUGAUUGUACAAAUGUAGAUAUAAAUAAUGCAACGAAUAUUAAUAUUAAAAAUGGAUCAGCAGCAUCAUCAAGUAAUAUGUCAAAUUUAAAUACAGCAAUUAAUUCAACAAAUGCAAAUAAUGCAAUUAAUGAAAGUAUCGCAUCAAAUAGUCAAAUGAAUAAUUCAAAUAUAUUAAUACAAGAUAAUAUUAUAACAUCACAAACUGAUAAUAAUAUUAUUAUCAAUAAUAACAACAAUAGCAACAACAACAACAAUAAUACACCAAUAAAUAAUGAAGCAACAAAUUCAUCUGGUGAUACAUCAAGAAUUAAUAAUAACAACAAUAAUAAUCAUAUGAUUAAAAGUAAUGAUAGUAGUAGUAAUAAUAAUAUAAAUAUUACUGGACAAAAUCAACAAAAUAAUAAUAAUGAAAGAAUUAUAAUAUCACAAAAUAUAACAAUAAAUAAUAGAACAAUUAUUGUAACAUCAGCUAAAAAAUGUGAAUAUUUAAAAGCAUGUUUGAGAUUAAAAAAAAGUUUAGUAUUACCAGAUGAAUUUUUUUUACUUGAUGAUAUAACAUGUUAUUGUAGUAUGUGUUAUAAAAUAAAUUCAGAUGAAGUUGUUUGUGAAAAAGGUGAACCACCAGCUGAAUUUCGUAUUCCAGUUGGAUGGGUUAGAUUUCCAUUAAAAAUGAGUAUAAAUGCUAAUCAAAUACCUCAAAGUACAACAGAUAAAUGGCAUGUUGCAUUUUAUGGAACAGGAUUAGAUUCAAUUAGAUGGAUUUUAGAUAUGGGAGAGCUAUUGACUGUUGAACAACUUGACAUGAGUAAUUUAACAACAAAUAUAAAUACUGAUGAACAAAAUUUACAAGUUGUAUUUUCACCAAAUAUUAAUCAUGUCACGUCCAAAGAGUGCUCAAAAAAAUAUCCAUAUAUUGAUACUCAAUCAAAUAGAAAAUUAAAUGCAUCAACGGCAUUUCAAUUAUUGGUAAGACCUGGAUCAUACACAACAAGUCCAGGUAAAGAAAGAGUUGAUGGUAUUGAAUCAACUGAAUGGGCAACAAAAGAAGCAGGAGCUACAGUUAUUAUUGCAUUGCUCAUUCAUCUUGAUGGAUUUUAAAAUUGCCAUUAAUUUUUAAUAAUUAAUCAUUAUCACUAAAUCGGUCCUACAGUAUCUCAAAUUAUACAUAUAUAUAUAAAGUACGUAUAUAAUAUAUUUCUAUAUAAAUAAAACUACGCUAAUACACUGCAAAAAUCGAUCGCAAUAAAGAAAAAAAAAUCUCCAAAAAGAAAAA